GAGUCCUCCUUCACAGGCAAGGAAUUCGAGGACCUCUCCGACAAGGAGAAGGAGACCCUGCUGAGUAAGAUAGUGGCCAAGAAGGGGGCGGAGGGCGCGGUCUUCUCGCGCACCGAGCCCCGGCACAAGCAGAUGAUUGUGAAGAUCCUGAAGCAGCUGGGGGAGAUCGCAGCCAUGACCGGAGACGGCGUGAACGACGCCCCCGCGCUGAAGCAGGCAGACAUUGGCAUCGCCAUGGGCAUCGCUGGGACCGAGGUGGCCAAAGAGGCCUCAGACAUGGUCCUUGCCGACGACAACUUCUCCAGCAUAGUUGCCGCCGUCGAGGAGGGCAGAUCUAUCUACAAUAACAUGAAGGCCUUCAUCCGGUACAUGAUCUCGUCCAACGUGGGCGAGGUGGCCUCCAUCUUCUUCACCGCGGCGAUAGGCAUCCCCGAGGGUCUCUCCUCGGUGCAGCUGCUUUGGGUGAACCUGGUGACAGACGGCCCACCAGCCACGGCUCUGGGAUUCAACCCCCCUGACCUGGACGUGAUGGACAAGCCGCCGCGUCGCAAGGACGACAGCCUCAUCUCGAACUGGUCCUUUGUCAGGUACGGCGUCGUCGGCUUCUACGUGGGCUUGGCCGUGGUGGGUAUAUUCGUGUACUGGUACUGCUACGACGAAGCUGCCGACGGGCACACUUUGGUCACCCUCCCGCAGCUUAUGACCUGGAACCAGUGCGACACGUGGUCCAAUUUCAAGGUCGCGCCCUUCAUGGAUAUGAAGUUCGAUGCCGACCCAUGUUCGUAUUUCAAAGCGGGCAAGGUAAAGGCCUCGACGCUGUCGUUGACAGUGCUUGUUGUCAUUGAGAUGCUGAACGCGUUCAACGCUCUUUCCGAGGACGGCUCCCUGGUUCAGAUGCCGCCGUGGGCGAACCCCUAUCUGAUCGUGGCGGCCUCCUUCUCGAUCCUCGUGCACGUCCUCAUUUUGUACAUCCCGGUCUUGACGAAGAUUUUCGGCGUGUGCCCCCUCGGUGUUCACGAUUGGGUUCUUGUGAUGGCGUUCUCCCUGCCCGUGAUCCUCAUCGACGAGGUGCUGAAGUUCCUCGGGAGGGGCUACAACACGGCCAGAAAGGAGGGCCUCAAGCAGGACGCGCUCCCCCUCCUGCUGUUGCCGCGGGGCGCGGCGGGAAGAAGAGGCUCGGCUGAAGCCGUGGUGGCGCCUGGGCAGAGCGCGGCCCUGACGCUCCGCCGUGCCCUGCGCGGCUGGGCCGAUGGCAGCGCCGGCGACGCGAGCGGAGCCGAGGCAGCCUCGGCCGGCGGCUUUGCCCGUGGCGCGGGCGGCAGCUACGCGCGCCGCUGGCAGCCCGGCGACGCGAUGACCACCGACCGCCGCCGGCUGCUGGCGGACAGGAGCGCCUACAUCGCCUUCCUGGAGGAGCGAGCCGAGGCGGCGGCCGAGGGCUCUCGGCAGCUGCUCGCGCGCAUGGACGCGCUCGAGGUGAUCGUCAAGAUCCUGCGGUCGCUGGGCGAGAUUGCCGCGAUGACGGGCGACGGCGUCAACGACGCGCCAGCCCUCAAGCAGGCCGACAUCGGCAUAGCCAUGGGCCUCACCGGCACCGAGGUCGCGAAGGAGGCUUCCGACAUGGUCCUGGCGGACGACAACUUCUCCUCCAUCGUCUCCGCCGUCGAGGAGGGGCGGUCCAUCUACAACAACAUGAAGGUCCCGGCAGAGGCGCCCCGCACCGCCUCCAUCAUUGCCUCGAAGCUCCAGCGGCUGCUGCGUCUCAGGGCCUCCCGCGCGCUGCAGGCCUCUGCGGUGAGGCUUCAUUGCUACGUCAAAGCAGUAAGGUCGCAACAGCUCUUCGACGCACUCCAUGUCCAGGCGCGCAUUAGGCGAGACGUGGGCCUGGCGAGGCUGGCGCGGGAGCUGCCCCCGCGCUGGCUGUCGGCGAGGCCGCGCCAGAUCGCCGCCGACGCCGUGGCGUCGCCGGCGCCGGUCCUCCGGUCGCUGGCGGAGGCGAGGCAGUCUGCCACGGGCAUGCCAGCUUCACCAUCGGAGGCCACCGCCGCGCCCACGGCCGCCGGCAGCGGCCCCGCGUCGCCACCCGCUGGGCAGGGCCUGGGCUCGCCGGGAUCGCCAGCGACAUCGGCAAUGUCGCCCAUGGCGUCCGCGGUCCCAGCCACGACGACGACGGCCACGCCCUGCUCGGCCAUCGCCCGGCUGUCGCUGUCGCCAGCCCAGGGGCCGCCCGGCCUUGGCGCCACCCUGGGCUCGGGCUCCGAACAGGCGGAGCGGGCUGGGUCGCCGUGGACUGCGGGGUCGCAUUCCGAGGCCUCUUCGUGCGGGCUUGCCACGGCACGGUCUCCAGGCGUCCCCCCGGGCGUCCACGAGGCGCUCGGCCUGCGCUGCGCGGACACCGCGCCCUGGCGCAACGUGCAAGACCAGGCGCGGCCGCCCGCCGUGGACCCCCCCGCGGCCGCGCCGCCCCUGAGGGGCGCGCCCGAGGCGUCGCCGUCGCCCCCGCGGCGCGCCGUCCGGGCUCCGCCGGGCGUCCGCGGCGGCGCCCGCGGCGGCAGCCCGGGGAGCCCCGGGCCCCUGUCGCGCUCGGCCGCGGCGGGGGCAGCGGUGCAUGGUCUGCUGGUGCUGGGGCUGUGGUCCUCCACCCCGGCGCCGGUCUGCACGGGCUGCCCUCAGCCGGUCUGCCCGACCUUCGUGUGCCCUGACUGCCCAUCGGCGCCGGGGGGUUCGGGGCCCGACCCACCGGGGGCCCCUGCGGCUCUCGAGUUCGUGCCCGAGAAGCUGGCGGAGAUACAGGCGGCGGCGGCCCGCGUGGAGGAGCAGGUGGCCCAGCUCGUGGCUGGGCUGUUGACGGCGUGGAGCUCGUGGCCUCUCCUCUGGGCGUUCGCGGGCGGCUUUGUGAGGGACGUGCUCGCGCGUGUGAUCGGCUACUUCCGCCGUCGGGAUGCUGUCGUCGAGGUGCAGCCCGGCGUGUGGGUCAUCACGACGCCAGACGGCCACAUAUACCCGGAUAGUAUCCGAUGCCGACGAGAGACGUCUGGCGCGGUGCAGGCGGACACGGCAGGAGAGUACGCGAUGGCCCUGGACACCCGACGGCGGCCUGUGCCCAUCAAGCGCGUCCCGCUGGCCGACGUCGGCUCCUUCCUCGACGUGGCGCGCACCACGAUAGCGAAAUACAUCGAGGAGGAGGGGCGCAUCGGCAUCGAGGUGAAGCUGCUGCUCGACAUUUUGCACCUGAGCGGCUGCCACGACCAGGUGAACAGGCUCUCCUUGGCGCGCGUCGCGGCGGUCUCGAGACGUGUCUGCCAGACCAUCGAGGGGGAGGUGGAUAUCGAGAACAUGCGGCUGAAGGCGCGGGGUGUGGCGCCGACGGGCAGUGGCGAGUGGGCGUGGCCGCCAGGCUUCCGGCCUGCGAGGCGACUGAAUGCUGAUGUCAACGCAGCCCUGUGUACGAUGCAGAGCCUGGUGGACACGACCUUCUCCAAUGUUGCCUCUGCGAGCCUUCCUGACAGCCUCGAGGGCGCCCCGGUGGUGCACGAGGUUGUGGGCGCAGUGGCGCGCCAGUUUUUGGAGCAGAACUACCGGCGCAUGCUGCGCACCCCUUCGGAUUUUUUGGAGCGGCAGGAGUCGCCGCCCCCUAUGAACCCCUAUUGGGACCCCGUGCUCGCUCGCAGCCGUCGCAAGUUUCUGCGACUGAUGCGGGCGCUUCUGCGCAUUGGCCUGGCGGCGCUCCUUCCAGCCGGGUCGUCCCAGGAGCGAGUUGACACUUCUUUUUGA